GUUAUUCUAUGUCUUGGAAGCGGAACAUGUGGUUCUUUUGGGGCUGUAUGGUUUGAAUUCAGCUGAAGCGAGGAUCAAUAAAGUAUUAAAAUUAUGCAGAUUGUUGUUACUAUAGGUACUAAGUGGCUCUAUUGGGUGGUAUAUUUGAUUUGUGGAUUUUAUAGGCACGGUUUAGGGGGCAAAAAUAGUUUUAUAAGCAUAGCAUGGAAAUUUUCCUUUUUAUUUAUAUACAACGGCAGCGUUUUAUACAAUUGGUCGUGUCCUUUUCUCUUCAUCCUCGACGCGCCCCCCUUUUUUCAGCCUAUAUAGUACACAGCAACCGUUUCCCUCUUUCUUGUCCUCGCCAUCGUCCACUACCUCUAUCC